UUUGAUGAACUGGGGCCAUAGGAAUAAUCAUCGUUUCUGGAAUCACCGAGAUGGUUGGGGUUUGCUCAGAGGCUCAGGUGAAUGGAUGGGCGCGAGACUUGAUCAGAGUAGCGAGGAGAAAUACAUUCACCGGCCUGGUUGGGGAGCCAGAGAACGACACAUUCACCGGCCUGGUUGGGGAGCCAGAGAACGAUACAUUCACCGGCCUGGUUGGUGGAGCAAAGAAAGAUACUUCCACCGUCGUGACGGGAGCAGCGAGGAGAAACUAAUGUCCUGGAGUAGCGAGGAGAGAGAUGACGAGAGAAGAAUAAUGGAGAAGCUGAUACGGCACUUGCGAAUAGAGCAUCCUUACAGAGUGUGUCCGCACGGCUGGCACGGACACGGGACUCACUGCUACCACUACAUCCCCUUCAAAGCUUCAUGGCACCACGCCGAGAGGAACUGUCUGCUCUUAGGUGGAAACCUGGCUUCAGUACACGGACCUCACCAGUAUCAUUUCCUUCUGUCCGUCAUUGAGAAGAGCGGCAAGAAAGACCAGCGAACCUGGGUUGGAGGGAACGAUGCCGUCCAGGAGGGGGUUUGGUUGUGGAGUGACGGUUCCAAGUUUUCAUACCAGAACUGGAGUCGGGGGCAGCCCUCUAAUUUCAACAACAGGGAGAACUGCAUGGAGAUUAACUAUGGAGCUGACCGUGGCAAGAAUGACGCUGCCUGUUGGCAUAAGUUCCCUUUCCUGUGUUCCAGAAAGCUGUGAUUUCUACAAUUUGGGAGAUAAGACCUUGAAGAGGUUUUC